CACAUUUUGAAAAGGAGCUGCCCUCCAUCUUUACAGCUCUUUCCGUAGCCAUUCUGGCUCAAGCCUUUUUUGCUCAAGCUUGACUCUCCUCGAGGUCGUAAGCGCGCCCUCGCUUGCUGGUGCUGCGACACGUGUCGACCAUAUGAUGCUGCUCGGUGGCGUGCUGGAACUAUUCUUCGGGCCCGCGAAGACUAAACAGCUGGACAUAUUGGUGGACAACACGGACACCGCGAUCGGUCAGACGGCAGAGGAGGAGGCCGCGCCAGAGGCAAACGCGGUCGAACCGCUCACUGCCAGCAUGUUGCGGGAAUGCAUGGACGCGUCAGCUGCUGGCAUCCUGCCUUGGGAUGGCCGUCGGUUUAGGAGAGUGAAGCAGCUGCAGGAUGCCAAGCGAAACCACGGCUGUGUGGAGCUCAUGCGCGAGAGUGGGACCUUCGUGGCCGUGAAAAGGAUGCCGACAUGGUGGAUCUGCGACUCGCCAGACGAGUUCGACUCGCGGCACCCGGACGCCGUGGAGAGGCCGUGGAUGGACGUGGGCCUCGCCAGGCGCCUCAACGAGAUCAGCUACCCGUACUCUGUCAAGCUGCUGGGCGUGUUCGCGGACGCGAAGACGAAGAGCACCUACGUAGUCAGCUCGCUGGCGUCCGAGGGCGACCUCUUCGCCUGGUGCGACCGCGAGCCGAAGCCUGGCCUAAGGAGGGAGGCAGCGAUGCACCCUCUCGCGAGUCAGAUUUUCAAGGGGGUGAGAUGGCUGCAUGACCUUGGAAUCGCUCACCGGGAUCUGUCUCUGGAGAAUAUAUUGCUCCACAAUGAGAACGGUGCAUUGAGGAUCAAGAUCAUAGACUUCGGAAUGGCCACGCUGGACCGGGUGGCGUCGGCGUCGUCCGGCGUGGGGAAGCAGUCGUACCAAGCCCCAGAGGUCCAUUCGUCGCAGCCCUACGACAACAUCAUGACAGACCCAUUCUCGCUUGGUGUGGUGCUGUUCGCCAUGGCCGCGCAGGACUACCCUUGGAAAUCUACCAAGCGGAAUACUUGCGAGCUCUUCGAGUACGCUUGCAUGUUCGGUUUCACGAAGUUUCUCGGCAAGCGUCGGCUGCGCAAGGGCGCCGGCGAGAGUCUGGCCGAGGUCUUCUCUCCGAAUUUCACGGCUUUGCUGGCGAGCCUCCUUGCCACAGACGUAGAGAAGCGGCUCACUCUCGGCGAGAAGUGCUUUGACAUUCCCGAGAACGGCAGUUAUCGGAAGAACAGCGUAUGGGAUUGCAAGUGGAUGCAGCAGCCUCUGGUCACAACGACAGAGGUUGGAGCAGUGGCCUCAUGUACCGGAUGCAUCUGACCGGCUUCUCGUCCACCACCCUUGUUGGUGGGUACUGAUCGUAAGGAUCCGCACAGGGACUCGUGUUUCUCACAUUGCGCCAGCAUCUUGACAUAAAUCUUGCAUGCAGCAUUAUUUCAUGAUCUCCCUUCUCCGCUCGCGAACUUUCAGCUCCUCCUUGUCUUGCCGAUCGCCUGGUACAGCCAGCAUUGCAUUUUGUAUGUCUACUAUUGAUUCGUUCUCCUACUCCUCCUGUGGCUCUGGUCAGCCUUUCAUGCGCGCUCGCAGUCUACUCUGGCCGUGUACGCAGCAGCACCGAGGGCCCGGUGCUCAUAAGCGGCGGCCGGUGUCAGGAGGGUUCAAUAGGUUGCUCGGAACUUUGGCUGAGGCACUUUUUCGAAGCUCCGAGGGGCACUUCUACCCUGGUGGCGGGAGGUUCGCCCAGAGCGACUGGCGUUGUGUAUAUAUAUAUAUAUAUAUAUGUAUUUACGGAGGCUUUCCCACAUCGGGCCAACAGAGCUGCCAUCCCUCGCGAAUGCGAGGGGGGGCUCUGGAGCCUCUUCUUUCGGGUGCCCGCCACAGGCCGCGCCCGCAGUUUCUUUUCCUCCUGUCUCCCCCGCACACCUUCUUGAGCCGACAGUCGGCUCCACGGACUGCGACAGUCCGCAGUCGGGGCCCGCGGGCUCGCAGGAGAACUUGUUUAUAUCCCCUCCUCCUCCUCCUUUUCCUCCUCCUCCUCCUCCUCGUCGUCCUCCCCGCAUGCAUGAGCCGUCUUCCAUUUUUAGAGCAUUCCCUGGCCUUUCUCGCGUGCUUCUGUGCGCGUGAAUGCGUGUUCGCUUCCGAUGUGCUCAUAUGCGAUGAAAGAACCACCGUCAACAUAUUCAUCUGACUUUAGUCUCAGGCACUCUAUCGGACCAUUGGUGCUGGUCUGCUCCUUCCCCGGAAGCGGCAUUGUCCUGCUGCUGUCUUCACCAGUGAGCCUGUUGUUCAUCAAGGACGCUCAGCGCUAAGGACGUCGGAUGAUUUCAGCAGCGCUCGAGACAAA